AUGUUCAAGAAGUUCUCGUCUGAAGAGGUUUCUGCACAAAAUCAAGUGAAAGCAUCUGUGCAGAGGAAAAUCCGGCAAAGUAUUGCAGAAGAGUACCCAGGACUUGAACCUGUAUUAGAAGAUUUGCUCCCAAAGAAGUCUCCACUAAUUGUUGCUAAAUGUCCAAAUCAUCUGAAUUUAGUUCUGGUAAACAAUGUGCCUCUGUUCUUCAACAUACGCGACGGACCUUAUAUGCCUACACUGCGGCUUCUUCACCAGUAUCCAAACGUAAUGAAGAAAUUACAAGUUGACAGGGGGGCAAUAAAAUUUGUCCUUUCUGGUGCCAACAUAAUGUGUCCAGGGCUUACUUCUCCUGGGGGUGCCUUAGACGAAGAAGUGGGGGCAGAAACUCCUGUGGCUAUAAUGGCUGAAGGGAAGCAGCAUGCUCUGGCUAUUGGAUUUACAAAAAUGUCGGCAAAAGAUAUUCGGACAAUCAACAAAGGAAUUGGGGUGGAUAACAUUCAUUAUCUUAACGAUGGCCUCUGGAAGAUGGAGCGCUUAGAUUGA